AUGGGAGCACCAGUGCUCCUCUUAGCCCUGACCCUAUUCCCAGUCGCAGCUGCAGCAAGCCUGGAACCUCACUAUGUGGUGGUGUUCCCUGCUGUCAUUCACCAUUCCCAAGAGGAGAAGCUCUGCAUUCACCUCAGCUCCCUGACUGAUGCUGUCCACCUGGCUGUCACCUUGCAGGUGACAACCCAGAAUCACACACUGGUCGAACAGGAUGUGGAGAAGCCAGGCACUUUUCAGUGCAUCACCUUCCAGGUGCCAGAGUUCAUUCCCAGGAAAAGAGAUGAUUCCACGUCACACCCAGAAGUGGUUUUUCUGCAUGUCCUGAUCCACAGUGGGGACAAUGUUCUCUUUGAGGGUCGCAAGAACGUUCUGGUUAAGCCUCAGAAGAAUGUAAUUCUGGUAGAGACAGACAAGGGCUUAUACAAACCUGGAGAAACAGUGAAAUUUCGAAUUGUGAACUUCAACGAGGACCUUAAGGUCAUUAAAAAAGAGUAUUCCCAGAUAUGGCUGGAGGAUCCUGAACAUAACCGUAUUGCUGAGUGGCUGAAUGUAAAGUCAAGACAUGGCAUUGUGGAUCUAUCCUUCCCCCUGGCCUCUGAAGCACCCCUUGGGGAGUAUACCAUCUCAGUGCAACAAGACAUGGCUCGAAAAACCUUCAAUGUGGAUGAAUAUGUGCUGAAAAAAUUUGAAAUAGAGAUUGAGCACCCUCCAUUUAUCACUACAGCGGAUAAGGAAUUUCAGCUGAAGGUCUGUGGCAAGUAUACCUAUGGGAAGCCCGUUCAGGGGAAAAUAAAUAUUACUUUUAUCACAUCAUCCCAGUUCUUGGAAGUCAAGCGAUCAAGUUCUACUGAGAUGAGGAAGCAAAACAGCUGGACAAACAGGAGUGGCUGCGCUACUUUUACAGUGAAGACAGAGACUCUGGAAUUAAAAGAAACUGACAGCUACAUAAUUGUGAUAGGAAAAAUGGUGGAAGACGGAACAGGAGCAGAGACUAUGGAAACGGCUGGAAUUCCUAUUGCAACAAGAAUGAAGUCUAUAGAGUUUAUCAACCUCCAUUCAUUCUACAAACGUGGAAUACCAUAUACAGGGAAGAUGUUCUGCCACAGUGACAAGUCUCCCCUCAGAAAUGAAACGGUCUACCUAACAGUUGACAUCAAUGAUGAGGAGACACACCUGUCAUUCCUCACAGAUGAGAACGGGGAAGUCCACUUCUUACUGGAUACCACCAGCUGGAACAGCACGCUGGUUUCUCUGAAGGGUACCUACAACCUUGAAAAUGACAAUGAGCAAAGUUCUUCUGAAAGUCACACAGGAGUCGAGGAUAGCUUCCACUGGCUGAAGCCUUUCUACUCUGAGAGCAACAGCUUCCUUGAGAUCAAGGCCAGGAAUGAUGUAAUGCCCUGUGAUCAAGAGCAGGAAGUGCAAGUGGAUUAUAUCCUUGACCGGAAUAAACUCAGCUCUGAAACAGACCACAUUGAUUUCUGCUACUUGGUGAUAGCAAAAGGCAAGAUCCUUUUCAGUGGAGAGAAGCAGGUGCCAAUUAUCCAGCAUGAGAAUCUGCAGGGCUCCUUCUCAUUGACUCUGACUAUUGGCAAUGACUUCCUGCCUGACAUCAAGCUUCUACUGUAUGCAGUCUUCUUGGAUGGAGAGGUGGUGGCUGAUGUGGAAGAGUUUCAAGUAGAAAAGUGCUUUAGACACAAGGUGGCACUGGACUUCUCACACAAGGAGGAAGUCCCUGGAUCAAAAGUCAGUCUGGACCUCAAGGCUGCUCCAGGGUCCUUGUGCUCUGUCCAAGCUGUUGACAAGAGUGUGCUCCUGAAGGAGAACAAUACCCUGACAGCAAACACACUGUGUGAGAAGGUCUUUGAUGACAGCUUUACAAUUGGAGGACGAGGAUUCCCUUAUCACUUGGAAGACUUUGAGGCAUACCCUUGUCUGCCCCAGCAGCCCAGUCUCCAUAAAAAGACUUGGAUGGGAGCACCAUGGUACCAAAGUGACGCUGAUGUCUUUAAUCUGUUUAAGAAAUUGCGCAUGAAAAUAUUAACCAAUACUAGAAUCAAGAAACCAGUUUCCUGUAUGCGACCAGACUUUGAGAAAAAGAUGUAUGCUGAAAAAGACAAUGUUGUUGACAGUCAUGUCGGCCAUGGUGGUUCUGCACUUCUCUCUGAUGACAAGAAGAAGCCAAAACCACGGACACUUUUCCCAGAGACCUGGAUUUGGGAUUUGGUCUCCAUCGGGGACAAUGGGCAAGUGUCUCUCCAAGUUGCUGUACCUGACACCAUCACAGAAUGGAAUGCCAACACCUUCUGUGUUGCUGAUACUGGCUUUGGGUUCUCGCCUCUGACCACUCUUAGGGUCUUCCAGCCUUUCUUUGUGGAUCUGUCACUGCCAUACUCUGUGAUCCAAGGAGAGACUUUCAGCCUAAAAGCCACUGUCUUCAACUACCUUAAGGACUGUAUCCAGGUGCGCAUCACCCUCACAGAGACCCCAGAACUAAAGGUGGAUGCCUGUCCAGGCUGCCAGUUCACUAGCUGCCUCUGUGCCAACGAAGCAAAAACCUUCGUGUGGAACGUGACAGCCACCAGGCUGGGCAAAGUGAACGUCACUGUGAGCAGUGUAGCCGAAGAUUCACAUGAUCUGUGUGAUAACAGGAUUGCAGUGACACCUUUGCAAGGAGACAGAGACACAGUGAUAAAACCUCUGCUUGUGAAGCCAGGAGGUGUCCUACAGGAGAAGACCCAAAACGCCUUUCUCUGUGCUGCAGAUAACACUGUCUCUGAAGAGUUCUCCCUGACUCUGCCUGCAGAAAUGCUGGAGGGAUCUGGCCGAGCCACUUUCUCUGUGAUUGGGGACAUCAUGGGCCCAGCACUUCAAAAUUUAGACCAGCUGCUAGAGUUGCCCUUUGGCUGUGGUGAACAGAACAUGAUUCAGUUUGCACCAAACAUCUUCAUACUCCAGUACUUGAAUAAGAGUAAACAACUGGACCCAGAAAUUGAAGAUAAAGCACUGAAAUUCCUGAGAACAGGUUACCAGCGUCAGCUGCUCUACAAACAUGAUGAUGGCUCCUACAGCGCCUUUGGGAAAGCUGACAAUCAGGGCAACACAUGGCUGACAGCUUUUGUAGCCAGGUCCUUUGGACAAGCCAGCUCUCACAUUUACAUCAAUAAGGAUCAUGUGCACAGCGCUCUGCUCUGGCUGCAGAAGCACCAGCUGCCCAGUGGCUGCUUCCAGAGUGUGGGGAAGCUCUUCAACAAUGACUUGAAGGGUGGUGUGGACGAUACAAUCUCGUUAACAGCCUAUAUCACUGCUGCUCUCGUGGAGCUCCAUCUGGAGAAGAAUGACACCAUGCUGGAUAAUGCCUUACGUUGCCUCAAGAAUGUAACACUUGAUAAGACAAGCCUUUAUGUCAAGGCCUUGAUGGCUUAUGUCUUCACACUGAGCAAGGACAUGGAGAUGAGAGCGCAGCUCCUGCAUAUGCUAGAGAAGGAAACUGCAGAGCUCCUGACAUCACAUUCCAGUAGUGAAGAAUCUUCUUCUUCUAUGAUUGAGACAGUAGCCUACAUCCUCUUGGCUCAUGUCUCCAAACCAGACUUGGCACUCAAUGAAGCCUCAGUGAGCAAGCUUGUGCACUGGCUUAGUGGACAAAGAAAUGCCUUUGGCGGAUUUGCUUCCACACAGGACACAGUUGUUAGCCUGCAGGCCCUCGCUCAGUAUGCAGCCCUGAUUCCUCAGGAGAUCAGAGAUGUAAAGGUGACAGUGAAAGGCAAGGAAGCUUCUCCAUUGGAGUUCCAUGUGCACAAGAACAACAAGUUGGUCCUGCAUCAGGCAUCUCUCCUUGCAGUCCCAGAGAUGUACACAGUGCAGGCGACUGGCAGUGGCUGCGUUUAUGUACAGACCACUUUGUACUAUAACACCCCACCACCAAAAACAGAAGAGGUCUUUGUCCUGGAUGUGGAAACAGUACCAAGAGAACGUGAUGGUGUCAGGAAACAGCUUGACAUCCAUGUGUCUGUCAGUUACAUAGGGGACCGUGAGACCAGUAAUAUGGCCUUGGUGGAGAUGGAGAUGCUGUCAGGGUUCAGUCCUGUGAAGAGCUCUGUGAAAGCACUGGAAAAGAUGCCCUUGGUGAAAAAGACAGAGAUAAAACCAGACAAAGUCACAAUCUACUUGGAAGAGCUGGAUGAGACUUCUCUGAAGCUUAACAUCUCAGUGGAACAAGAUGUUGAAGUGCAGAACCUGAAAGCGGCAACAGUGCAUGUCUAUGACUACUAUAAGCCAGAUGAUCGCACAGCAAGAGAAUAUGUUUUCCCUUGCAGUUCAGAUGUCUUGAAGAAGGGUUCCUACUAG